AGAGAGAGUAUUAAAAUGAGAAGAAUCGCGCUAUUCUAUCUUCUGGUUUGUCUAUUUUCUUGUGAUAGUGGAAUUUCGAGGGAUUGGAUAAAGAUGGCUACCGCUCUUGGAGGGAUUUCUGAUUGUUCUUCGGACCAUCAGAACAGUUUGGAGAUCGAAGGACUCGCUCGAUUCGCUGUUGAAGAACACAACAAGAAAGAGAAUGCUCUUCUUGAAUUUGUGAGAGUGGUGAAAGCAAAAGAGCAAACAGUUGCUGGUAAACUUCACCAUCUUACUCUGGAGGCAAUUGAUGCUGGUAAGAAGAAGCUUUACGAAGCAAAGGUAUGGGUCAAGGCAUGGGAGAAUUUCAAGGAGUUGCAGGAAUUCAAGCACACUGGGGAUAGCGCGUUUACCCGUUCAGAUCUCGGUGCUAAGCGAGGUGACCACGAACCAGGAUGGAAAACAGUGUCAGCAGAUGAUCCUGUGGUCCAAGAUGCAGCAAACCAUGCUGUGAAGACCAUCCAACAGAGGUCCAACUCGCUGGCCCCUUAUGAACUGCUAGAGGUGGUCGACGCGAAGGCUGAGGUGAUAGAAGAUUCUGCCAAGUUCGAUAUGCUUCUCAAGUUAAAGAGGGGAAGCAAGGAGGAGAAACUCAAGGUUGAAGUGCACAAGAACAUAGAAGGUACCUUCCACUUGAAUCAGAUGCAACCCCAUGAGCAUGCUGACUAGUCAUAUGUAUCUAUAUAUAAGAAUGACCCCAGAAUACUGAUAUAUGAAUAAACCAGUACAAUGACGCCUGCCCCCAAAACUCUACAAACCACAGCGACUGAUGAGUUACAGUUUUAGAUAUAUGAACACAGAUCAGCAUCUGUUUAUCUUA